AUGGAUGGUUAUGAUAAUGAACGCAGACGAAAGGGUAAAGCCCCCAUGACUGAAGAGAAACUAUUGAAAGAGUUAGAAGAGAAAGAAAGACUCCAGCCUCUCUGGGAAGAGAUGCAUGCUGCAAUGGAUGAAAUCAAAGCAGAAGAGAAACCAUUUGAAAAACCGGUAGAGAAACCGCUGCAGAUUUUGCAAAAGAAGCGUCAUUUUGAUAUUUUCAUAGAUGAAGAAGAGGAGGAGAAGUUCUGGGAAGUGCAGAGUAAAAAGAUGAGGUUGGCUGAAAUGGCAACCAAUUCCGAAGCGAACGAUGCAGAUGAAGACGAGGAGGAAGAGUGGUUUGAUGAGGAUCAAGAGGAAUCUGGCGAGGAAGAAGAGGGGUCUGAUGAGGAGGAAGGGGGGUAUGAUGAUUCUGAUUCCGAGUGA